CGGUCAUUUCCCAAAACAACGCCGAUUUUCUCUUCUUUCCCCCUCUGCACCGUUUUUCGAAUUUGAACUCAAACGCUCCCCCCAUCUGCUUCACUAACACGCACUGAAUCUCCGAUCAUCGUGUAGUGAAGACAAGUAUGAAGUCUAACGCAGGGAACUCACGGCAUCGUUCAUCGGGAAGUAUUUCUAUUUCUUCAAUUAGAAACCUACUUCCUAGAUCCGGAUCUGUAAAGCACAAGAUGACUUCAAACCCUAAGCUAUCUCGAUUCAACAGUGAAAACGUCCCACCAGAAGAUCCGAACAUUCAUGUUUGUGAACUACCUUCGAUUGUAAAGGAAUCAACGGGAAACGUCUCGGUUCCAGGCAAAAAAGCCACUGAAUUGGAAAAGCAGCAAAAAGCAGAAGUACCGUCGCAUCAAGAUCCACCUGUUAAGGUUAUAGCGAGGAUUAGACCUCCUAAUUCUCACGAAAAAGGAGAUUAUACUGUCAGAAAAGUUUCUGAAGAUUCAGUUUCCGUGGGCGAUCGAAAAUUUACUUUGGAUGCAGUCCUCGACUCCAAAUCUAGUCAGGAGGAUGUAUUUAAACUAGUUGGUGUCUCAAUGGUUAAGAGUGCUAUGGCUGGUUACAACACAUCAAUCUUGGCUUACGGACAGACUGGAAGUGGAAAAACUUACACGUUGUGGGGUCCACCAAGUGCAAUGGUUGAAGAUCAAUCAGCCAAUGGUAACCAAGGGAUUGUUCCACGCAUCUUCCAGAUGCUGUUUGCCGAAAUCCAACGAGAGCAAGAUCAAGCAGAGGGUAAACAAUUAAAUUAUCAGUGCCGAUGCUCUUUCCUCGAGAUAUAUAACGAACAAAUUGGAGAUUUGCUCGAUCCAACCCAGAGAAACCUAGAGAUAAAAGAUGAUGCUAAACACGGGUUUUAUGUUGAGAAUCUGAGUGAGGAGUAUGUGACAAGCUAUGAAGAUGUUACUCAAAUUCUGAUCAAGGGACUAUCUAAUAGAAAGGUUGGAGCAACAAGCAUAAACUCCAAAAGUUCAAGAUCUCAUAUUGUGUUUACAUGUGUCAUCGAGUCUUGGUGCAAGGGUAAUGCUUCUAAGCAUUUUGGUAGUUCAAAGACAAGCAGGGUUACCCUUGUGGAUAUAGCUGGACUUGAAAAGAACAAAAGCAAUGAUGUUAGUAGAGAGUGUGUCAGGGAAGGAGAAUUUGUGAGAAAGUCCAUAUCACAACUUGGAAACUUGGUUAAUAUCCUUGCUGGGACAAAUCAGUCUGAACAAUCCAGGAGCAUCCCAUAUAACAACUCCUGUUUGACUCAUUUGCUGAGAGAAUCACUUGGAGGCAACUCAAAGCUUACUGUUAUAUGUGCCAUUUCCCCAGAUGAAAAGUGUUCUGUUGAAACCAUAAGCACACUUAGAUUUGGACACCGAGCAAAACUUAUACACAAUAAUCCGGUUGUAAACGAAAUAACAGAAGAUGAUGUUAAUGAUCUCACUGAUCAAAUUCGUGAACUGAAGGAAGAGCUGAUUAGGGCAAAAUCAGAUACUAGUUACUCUAUUGGAUCGAGCACGAUUUUUAAAGGUGGAAGCGUUCGCCAAAGCUUGAAUCAACUGAGAGUAAGCCUUAAUCGUUCAUUGAUCCUCCCACAAAUCGACAAUGAUUCGAAAGAAGAAUUGCAUAUCGAUGAACACGAUGUUCGAGACUUGCGACAACAGCUCGAUAUGUUGCAUAGUUCUUGUGAUGAUGAAUUUCAAGAAACCUCCGAGAGCAGAGGCACACGUUUUUUCUCCAUGGGUGGUUGUGAGAGCGAACAGUAUGCAAGUUGUAACGAAGAAAGCGAAGCUGAAGAAACCAAUUCAGAAGAACCUGAGAGCAAUCCUUUACAUGAUAGCCUCUCUAUCAGUGUUGGCAGGCCUUCUGAUGCUUUCAGUGGUCCGAUGUUGUCAGAAUCCCCAAAAAUUGGUAGCACCAUGAGAAAGAGCGUGGUUUUCUCAUCAAAAUCAAACCAAUUGCCCACAAGUGAAGAAGAGAAUGUUGUGGAAAGUUUGAAGUUCAGUUCAAAUGUAACGCAUGAGUCACUGAGGAUAAGCAAUCAAAUUAGGUCUUCUCUACGAUCAAGCAAGAUGUUUGGGGGUGGGGGUGCCACUGAAUCGUUAGCAGCUAGUCUUCAAAGAGGCCUGGAGAUUAUCGACAACCACCAACGCAACUCUGUGUUAAAUAAAUCAUUAGUUGCAUUAUCGUUUGAUCACUUGGCAACCAAGACAAACGAAACAUCCACAAAAGAAUAUAUCUGCUCGACCUGCCAGCAAAAAGCAUCUUGUGAUGAUGUCCAGGACAGCUUGAAGACAUGGAUUGUUCCAGGGACCUCAGAAAGCAUGAAGAAAGUGAAAGAUCUUGAAAAUCUGUGCAUGGAACAAAAAGCAGAGAUUGAGAGGUUGAAUAGUUUGGUAUCGCAAUACAAACAAGAGAAAGAAGGUGGCAUGUUGUCACCGCUUGAUGAGCUUCGAAAUGGGAAGAUUUCACAUAACAGUGUAGCAAAGCUUCUGAGAUGGAAUGACGAACCGGAGAUGAUAGAAGAAACCAACGAAAAGGAAUCGCUUCUCGAAGAGAUCAAAACAUUAAGAAGCAAACUCCAGCAGUCGCCAAACAACAACAAAUCAAUCUCGUCCUCUCUUUUGUCACAAUCGCUCCAACUAAGAAAAAGCGGUGUGUAUCCUCCUAACGAAAGCAAUGAAGAAGUUGAGAAGGAAAGGGAAAGGUGGAUGGAGAUGGAGAGCGAAUGGAUUUGUUUGACGGAUGAACUGAGAGUUGACCUGGAGGCCAACCGGCAGCGUGCUGAGAAGGUGGAAAUGGAGCUGAGAUUGGAGAAGAAAUGUAGCGAAGAAUUGGACGACGCCCUCAUGCGAUCCAUCCUUGGACAUGGUAAAAUGGUGGAGCAUUAUGCUGAUUUACAAGAGAAGUACAACGAGUUGGCUGAAAAGCAUCGGUUGAUUAUGGAGGGGAUAGCAGAAGUGAAAAGAGCGGCUGCAAAAGCGGGAGCUAAAGGCCAUGGGAAGCGCUUUUCAAAGUCUCUUGCUGCAGAGCUUUCUGUCUUGAGAGUUGAGAGGGAGAAGGAAAGGGAAUUGUUGAAGAAGGAGAAUCGAAGCCUAAAAAUGCAACUUCGAGACACUGCUGAAGCUGUUCAUGCUGCUGGUGAACUUCUUGUUAGGCUCAGAGAAGCAGAAGAAGCAGCUUCCAUUGCACAGGAAAAUUUGGGAAAUGUUCAGGAAGAGAGUGAUAAGUUAAAGAAAAAAAUGGAUAAACAGAAAAGAAAGCACAAGAUGGAGAUGAUUACAAUGAAACAGUAUCUUGCUGGGAGCCGCUUGCCUGAUUCCGCAUUGAGACCUUUGUAUAGGGAAGACUCGGACGUGAAAUCCCAUGAGAAUGAGAAUGAGGAGGAUGAUCAGGCAUGGAGGCAAGAAUUUGGAGCCAUAUAUCAAGAUCAUUAUUAAGCCAUGGAAACCAGACUCUACUUGCACCAUUCUUGUUUGAAGAUUGUAUCUUGAUUCAUUAAUAUUUCUUCUUGUCAAUCACCUAUAGUGGUUUGUUGA